AUGCUACAGAGCGUUGCUAGCGCUGGCGCCGGCGAGAAGGGCAGUCAUCUUGGUGACCCGGGUUUGAACCAUGUUGAACUUGGGCUGUUGAACUUUCCGCCAGAGAUCUUGCUUCACAUUUUAUCGUACCUCGACUACCCGGACCUGGCCGUUCUCGCUGGGCUCGUACCCUCACUUGUGCCCCUCACCUCCGAUCCUGUCCUGCACAAAUACCGGCUGAAGAUCGUGUCUCCGUCGCGGGUGAACCACGAUUUGUUUGGGAGAAGCCCGGCGGGACAUGCGUUCCGGCCGACGAUUGGUGACCUUGUACAAAGAGGCGUGAUUAGGGGCUUGGGGAUAGAGCGCAGGUGGAGGAUGGGGGCGUAUUUCUAUUCGCUGAACUCUAUCAAGCAGUACGAGAAUGGACGCUCACUUUCGCGUCGGCACGCGUCGCAUAUCCUCUCCGUCCAGCUCCGACGACGAACCAUACCCGGGUCCUCAGCCUCCGCCGCCCUACAGACGCUCUACACGUCCCACGUCCUUCCAGACGUCGAGUCCUCCUCGCCCUUCAUCGCCCGGUCGCUCCUCCCUGUCGUGCGAAAGCUCAAGUGGAGUCUGCAGCGUGACUCGCUCGCACGCGUAUUCAAGGACAGUGCGAGGCAGGUUGGCGUCGCUGGGUGGCUGUCGAGCACCAAGGGCGAGGAAGAGGCGAGGAGGGUGUUUGCGGAUAACGAGAAGCUGCGGUUGGCUGUUUGUCCGGGCGUUAGUAAGCGUGUUGGGUUUUAUGAGAAGUUGGGUGAGGCGUCGGGUUCUGCUUGA